AUGGACCACACGGGAAGCGCUGAGCCGUUUUCGAUCGAGCAUGCCUCUGCACUCGAUGCGACAGACGUUCUGCCAGACUAUCGAUCAGAUUUUCAUAUUCCAACUCUGGCAGAUCUGAAGCGGCCUACUCUAGCCAGACCUCCCACAGAAGGCCUGUCACGGCCUUGUACGUACCUGUGCGGGAAUUCUCUAGGCCUCCAGCCUGUCCGUACAGGAGACCUUGUCAAUGUUUUCCUGACCCAAUGGCGCACCAAGGCCGUCACAGGGCACUUCGUCGACCAUACUGACUCUCCUCUACCACCAUUUCUGGACAUUGACGAUCACGCAGCUAAGCUUAUGGCCCCUGUAGUAGGGGCUCUCGAAGCCGAGGUGGCUGUCAUGGGCACUCUUACGGGGAAUCUUCACUUCCUGAUGUCCAGUUUCUAUCGUCCAAGCAAGAAAGGAGAAGGGCGUUGGAAGAUUCUCCUCGAAGGCAAAGCCUUUCCCAGUGACCAUUACGCGGUUGAGUCGCAAAUCAUUCACCACGGACUCGACCCAGACGAAGCGAUGGUCUUGCUAGAACCAAGUAACCCUCAUCGCCCAAUUCUUCCGACGGAGCAGAUUCUCAAAACAAUCGACGAGCAUGCAUCUGAGCUCGCCCUGAUUCUUUUGCCAGGCAUUCAAUUUUACACAGGCCAGUACUUCGAUAUCCAACGUAUAACGGCACAUGCUCAUGCUCGUGGCAUUCUAAUUGGGUGGGAUCUGGCCCACGCGGUUGGUAACGUUGACGUGAAACUACACGACUGGGACGUCGACUUUGCGGCGUGGUGCAGCUACAAGUACCUCAACUCAGGACCAGGCGCCAUGGCGGGGAUCUUUAUCAACGAGAAAUAUGGCAAAGUCGACACGGAAGGUUCAACGCCAAAGUUCUGGCCUCGACUGAGUGGGUGGUGGGGAGACGACAAGUCUACAAGGUUCCAGAUGACCAAUAAAUUUGUGCCACGACCAGGAGCCAAAGGCUACCAGCUUUCCAAUCCCAGUGCCCUUGAUCUCGCCGCUGUUGUGUCAUCUUUGCAAAUAUUCAACGAAACAUCGAUGACCAACUUGCGUCAGAAAUCGUUGAGAUUGACAGCUUAUCUAGAGCAGCUCCUGGACUCAAUGGCCCUCAGAAGACCUGGGCUCUUCGACAUCAUCACACCUCGUAGUCCAACUGAACGUGGCGCACAGCUCAGCAUACGCUUGGCUCCUGGCUUGCUUGACAAUGUGCUCGAACAUCUCGAGGACGAGGGCGUCAUUAUCGAUGAAAGGAAGCCGGACGUCAUCAGAGUAGCGCCGGCGCCACUGUACAACACUUUUACAGAUGUCUUUCGAUUUUGCCAAGUUUUGGAAUCGGCACUCGACAAGGCAUCCAAGACAUGA